GUGAAACAAGGUAAAAAUUUAUGAAUGUUUGGUCGAGGAGAUAAAAAACUAGAUAAAAAUGGCAGUUUCGACAUCAGUUCGUGUUUCUUUUGUCGUCGUGUUUUCUCGCGGUGUUCGAUGACAGACAUUAAAAAACUAUGACCUUGCCCCGCAAAUGAUAUAACACAACAGACGAUAACUGAGAACGUCAUGCAUAUUAUAAAGUUAUAUACCCAUUCUCAUACAUAAAACUACAUGCUCAUCCUUGUAUCUAUAAAUAAGUUCUACAUUUAUAAGCAAUGAAUCAAUAGAGAACAUAGCAUUAAUGCCAACUAAUGCAUCUAGGAUCUAUCGCAGCUUUUUUUAAUUAUAUGUAAUUGACAAGAUAUGUUUCUGAAAUGAUAUGACACCUGACGCUAGUGGUCGUCAUCAAUAAAAAAUUAUGCCUUCAUAUUUUAUCAGGUACAUAAAGGAGCAUACGGCAAAAUUUUAAGCCUUUCGGAUACUACUAACAUUAAGCCUGAUGUUUUUAGCAAAAAUUAUGUAACCAGCUUAUCGAAAGUAACAUUUUUUAACCAGAAAUAUAUAAUCAGCUGGAGCGUUUGUUUUUCAUCAAGUAUUGUUUAAAUUGUCGAUACUAAAUUACGAAAUCACUUACUCUAGAUUGAGAAAAAUGUCCUUCAUCCUAAUCCCUGUAAUCAAGUAAAAAGUUGUAUUUGAUUACACACUAUAUUAAAAAAAAAAUUUAUAUGGUGCUAUAAAUUAGUUAAAUUAGCUAUCCUCUCUUGUAUUGUUUUAUAUCAUAAUGUUCAAUUAUUUUUUUACAGCUUAACCUGAUGAUUCGAAAUGUCAGCUUGGUAUUAUCAAGUAAAUUAUAUCUAUGUUAACAAGGUGAAGACGAGUAUUGUUAUAAUAUCUAAAAAUAACGGAUAAAUUUAGUUUUUGUAACAGGUUUUUCUUAAUCACUUAUUCUUGAAUUCCAGCACAAUGGACAAACCGGAAAUGAUAUUCUAUUCAAGAAAAUACUAUGAUGAAGUAUAUGAAUAUAGGCAUGUUAUUCUACCGCAAUUCCUUGCCAAGUUGAUUCCAAAAAGGCUAUUAGAAGAAAAUGAAUGGCGCCAGGCAUUCAGCAAAGUAGAGGAUGGGUUCAUUAUGCCUUACACAGGCCAGAACCACACAUUUUAUUAUUCCGAAGGCCCAAAACUGAAGAUAUUCCUGCUGGUACAGGGCCAGAAAACUCAAUUAACUAAUCUGUAAUAAUAGAUAGAGCAUAUACGAGGGUUUUGGGUGUGGGUAAUCAUACAAUAGGCCACGAGCGAUAUCUUAUGAGCAUCUAGAAACAUUUGCCGUAUAUCAAAUAAAUGUGCAUAAAACAUUAA